GAGAAGACGAGGGUGGGAAAAAAAAAGAAGAGAGAGCCAUGUCUGUGGAAGAAGUUAAAGAAGCGCCGUUAGAACAGGAGCCUCAGCAAGAAACCAAAGAGCCGGAGCCAGUGGCUACAUACAAAGCCAUUGUGCUGACUGGCUUCGGGGGCUAUGAUAAACUAAAAGUGGAGCUCAAGAAGGAUACCCCCACUCCGAAAUCAGGCGAAAUUCUAGUCCGAGUCAAGGCUUGUGGCUUGAAUUUCGCUGAUUUGAUGGCUAGGCAGGGUCUCUACGAUAGACUGCCGGCUUCACCGCCCCUGGUUCCAGGCAUGGAGUGUUCUGGGCUGGUGGAAGCGGUCGGGGACGAUGUGACCGACCGAAAGGUUGGUGACAGUGUAAUUGUAAUGAACAGAGCAGGAUUGUGGUCAGAACUGGUUGUGAUUCCGGUCAGUAAUACCUUCCUGAUGCCUGACGGGAUGAGUUUUGAAGAGGCUGCAGCCAUUCCAGCCAAUUAUGUUACCGCAUACAUGAUGAUCUAUGACUUUGCAAAUCUGCGCCCAAAUCAGAGCAUUCUCAUCCACAUGGCAGCUGGUGGUGUGGGGACUGCUGCAACGCAACUGUGUAAAAUAGUUAAAGAUGUGACUAUCUUUGGAACUGCUUCGGCAGCUAAACAUGAAGUCAUCAAAGAACAGGGUGUGACUCAUCCAAUUGACUACUCCACCUUGGACUAUGCUGAUGAAGUUCGAAAGAUUUCCCCAAACGGUGUUGACAUUGUUUUGGAUCCCCUGGGUGGAAGUGACACAACUAAAGGCUUUAAUCUGCUCAAACCAAUGGGAAAAAUCGUAUUAUAUGGUGCAGCAAAUCUUCUGACUGGACCAAAACGGAAUCCAUUAGCCAUAGCAAAGUUGUGGUGGAAUAAGUUCACCAUUAAUAGCUUGCAGCUGCUGCAUUCCAACAAAGCUGUGUGCGGCUAUCAUCUGGGUUACCUGCAGAUUGACCAGAUUCAGGAUGCUGUCACCAAGCUGCUUUCUCUGUACAAAGAAGGGAAAAUCAAACCUCGAAUAGACUCUGUGUGGUCAUUUGAACAGAUUGGAGACGCUAUGAAGCAAAUGCAGGAGCGCAGAAACAUUGGGAAAGUUAUUCUGGUCCCAGAAGCAAAGAAGGCUGAAAAUUAGUCUGACUGUAUUUCCAAUAGAAGGCAGGGAAUAACACUUGUAAAUUUAGCUCAAAGUGCUAACCUUUUAUGACCUGAAGAUGGACAGAUGACUAAUUUUAAGCUUGAAGCAGGGAAGCAAAUCUUGACUGAUCCUGUAAUCAGGUGCAUUUUAGUUCUGGUUUGCUGCUUAAAAGUUACCAUCCUGUUUAAUGGGCCUUUCACACAACCUUUUAUCCUCUUGUUCUCUCUUCUCUUCCCCCCCCAACAUCCCAAUCUCCAAUAUGUUCAACAAUUUAAAAAAUAUAGAACAUCUGCAGCUGACAGCCUGACAUAGUUCUGCGUUGGCACCCCUUUGUCUCCAAUGACUCCAAACUACUGUAAUUAUAAUCCACCAUGUAGAUCAAAGAUCCAAAAUAUUGGAACAAUUGUGUUGAAUCUUCCAAACUGAGGCACAAAUUGACCACUUGUGGACAGCACAGAAUUGUAAAAUAUUGUGAAACUUGAUUGGCUUUCACUGUACAUCUACACCACUGAUGCCUGACUUUCAGGAACUGCUGAAUGUGUGAUCUGUGCAGUAAAUGCACCUCCCCUUUCUUUUUUGAUUCAAUUAUUUGUCCACCCUAUUGAAUUCCAUCUGUCCAUGUAGAAAACCUUAAAGGGUUAGUACUAAAUGGUUCACAUUAGAGAUAAGUGCUGUUUGAUCAAUUGAACCUGUGGAGAGUGUUAGCUGUAUAUGGGGUUUUAAGGACUCCUUUUAUUUCAACUGAGUUCUAGCUGGGACUGUACACUGAUCCAGGCUACUUGAUUGGCAAUGGUUCGGUCCAGACCAGUAACUAACAAAUUGUCACCCAAAAACACCACCAAGUGACAUUUAGUUUUCAUACAGUAACCACUAACUACUUCAUUGGAUUCUGAUCCUACUCCAUGUUUGAUAAUUAUGACUCGAGUUGGAACUGUUUGAGCCUUUUGAUAUACUGUACCACUUAUAAUUUACAGUGCCACUCGAUUUCUUCCAAUAACCGGCUGAAACUAGUCUCUUGUUUCUAUUAUUGACUUUUUUUUUUAAAAAUGAUGUUCUGGCUAGAAUGAUCAAAACCUGGAGUAGCUGCACAUUCCCAGUUAUAACUUGGCCAAAGGCAAUGAUUUAUUUCUCUGCUGUUCAGUCUUGUAAUUCAUGAUCAGUGACUUUUUUUGUCUGAGGUCUCUUUUUUUUGUUCCAUGUACUUCUGCCAUCAACCUUUUGUACCUCUGACUCAAAUGGGCAGUGCUAGUUAGAGCUGAUAUGUCCCAAUGUGCACAUUAGAUAUGUACAAGUCCAACCACAGUAACCAUGUUUCCUUGCUCUCACUUUAACAUGGUUUGUGUCUGUUUACAGCAGAUUGAACUGCCAUUCCCUGGCUGAUGAAAAUUAAUAGAUUCCUCUAGCUUUAGUGACUGACAGUACAGGGUGCGUUGGUAAAUGUUUAGGGCAAGCAGAGCUAAGUAUUUAAUGUGCUAAACUGAAUCCAAAUUCCAGAAAUAUAAUGAAUUCUGUUGACCGAAUCUUGGACCGUUGCCUCCUACUCUUUAGGAUCUAUCCUGGAAUGGCCAAAUCCUGUUUGUCCGUGCACUGUGGUGUUUUUUUUGCAUGGGAAAAUCCACAGUAAAGCAAAUUAAAUCUGAAUUUAUUAAUGCUACACAUGUCCAGAACUGACCUUUUUAAAUCCUAAAAGAAAAUUGACCAGAGGCAACUAGUGACUCAGUCAAUAAAUUACUGAGACCAAUGCAAGUUGCACUCUUUUACUCUGUUUACAUUACAAAAGUGCAUAAAGUUUGAUUCUAUAGGGCCAGCUGCUUGACCUCUUGCUAAAUGUGUACUGUCUAUAUGAACACAUAUAUAGGAGUACAUAAUUGCAAUAAGGAUCUAACUGUGGCACCAUCUCAACUGCCUCUUGUGCUUAAGGAAUGAAUCCACAAGUAAUAACUUCAUCCUGCACAAUAGCCAAAUUCUUGUCUUUACUUUUGGGUCUGUGCCAAGAUAGCAUCUGGAUUUUAUAAAUUCCAUCUCCAUCUCUGUACAGUAUGAGACUUCAGGCUGGGUGUCACUAAGAUUUGUCAAUAAGGCUGACUCCACCUUUUUCUGCACAGGGCACUUGACUGAUUUUUUAACAUCCAGGUCUGAAUUUGGUGCUGUUUGGCAAGAUAAAAUGCCAAGUAUUCUUUACUAAAUUAAGUUUCACGACCAUUUAUAAUGUCUUAUGUCAAAGGUAAUCUCUGCCUAUCGAGUAUUCAAAUACCUGCCAAACCAGAGUACAAAUCCAGUGCCUUGUGAAAACUCUUAACUAGUUUUGUUAUAUUCUCACUGGAUAAAUCAAUAAAAGAACUGUCUGUAGAUUCCAAGAUGAACUUUUUAAAAUGCAUUUUCAACAGCUAGUGAAAUAUAAUUUGUCAGUAUGAUCUUAAUGGCAAUUUAGUUCUAUCCAUUUUUUAAUUUGAAGCCACAUUUUGUUUGAAACUCCACAGAAAAUGUUUUUGCCCCAGGAGGUUUUAUUCUUGGUGUUGUUACCAUUUUUUUAAAAAAAAAGUUGGAUUCUGGAUCUGCAACUCUUCAAAGCAUGAAGUCCUAUUUGCUUUCCCAAACUCCCAUGACACAUUUAGGCUUUUUCCAAGUGGCUAAACCAAAAGAGUUGGGUUAAGCAAGAUAGCAGAAGAUAAGAUAAAUACGUUCCAAUAUUAGGCUUUCCUGUAAACUGUCACAUGAUUUGAGAUCUCUAUUGUUUGUGUCCACCAUAAACCUUGCCCUCGUCUGAAUGUAGAAUCUUAACCACUUGCUGUUUACAAUAAUCAUUUUUAUCAAAAUUGCCACAGUCUUCAAUGUGUACGAAAGACCAGAGAGAAGCCUCUUUCUGCAUUGAAUUGUUUCCCAGCGGUGGUUGAAAGAUUGGUCAGUCUCAGCUACCUCAUCCUUUGUACCUAUUGUACAUUAUAAUGUGGUCAGCAACAUAGUGGUGAACAAGCUCUUACCCACCUCCCAGAUCAAGAAUAGCUUUGACAGAGUAAAAUCAUGAAAUUGCCCUAAUCCUGCAGUGUCAUGUUUGUGGAUUCUGAUGAACAAUGGGUUAAAAUCUGAUGGAAGAAGUAAAACAAUUGGGAGUUAGUAAUUGGGAGCAGAAGGUAACUGUAAGAAAAUGGACUCCUCAUGAAAAAUGUCCUACUAAUGUUUAGUGGAAUCAUUUGUGACUGCAAAUUUUAAUUGGUUAACCUCUGUUAUGCUGUACCCUUUUAUCACAUGUGGCCUUACUACUCUAGCCCUUUUCAUGUGCUAUAAGUUUGUAUCUUAAGAAAUCAGAGAAAAAGGAGUUCAGACACGUUGCUGAGAUUUUUAUUGAAUGUGGUGUGAAAUGGGAGGUAUCUUGUUUACCAAAUAAAAUCUACAACCUUUGCAGAAAUAACUGGGGACCAAAGAAUAUUUGAGCAUUUGGAAUCUUUACAAAUUGCCCAAGUGGACAGAUGAGUUUUUCAUUAUUUUUAUACAGGGAAAUCAACUCAUACAUGUCUUGUGUUAAACUAGAGAGGGCAUGUACACUUUUCUUUUGUUAACCAAUGGACUACUUGGAACACUGGCAAUCUAUUGAAUUAAGUUAAGAACAACAUCUCACUUGUGACUGAGGCAAAGUAGGCAGUCGCUCGUGAUCAGAUUUGUUUAUUUCACUGGUCAUUUUGCUUUAACUUUCUGUUCGAUCAACUAUUUCACUCCAACAGCCAAGUCCAUGCAAGAUUCUUCCAUUCCUUCCCAUUUUCUGUUUUUAUUUAAGACCAGGCUCUCUAAGUCAAGCAAUUUGUGGAUCUUGAUGCACUGCAACUGAAUUAGCUGAAGAGGUGAUGUUCAACAUUGCAAUCCAUUUCUUUCUUUUGUUGCUACUCACUGAAUUCCACUGAUCCAAAUGGGCUCAAAGUUAGUCCCAGGUUUGUGCUGAGCCGACUCAACUAUAGAUUUAGAGACUCUCUAUAAUCAGCUUACUGUCCUGCUGAAACAUGGCAGCAUACUCUGGAAAGGCAAUGGAUCAUGACGCUGCACCCAAACUUAAUUUUUCCCCGUCAUUUCUUUUCCUCAAAGCAAUUUCCAUGAAUUAUAGACCGAGAACUGAAAACAAAACUUGAUAUCCCACUCAUCUGUCCACUGAAGUAGUUUGAAACUUUGUAUACACAAUGCCUUAUUCAAAGCUGAGCCUGAGCAACAGCUCAAAUGUCUUGAAGCUUACUAAAAAUGUGCCAAUUUCUUGAAAACUAGGGAACCGGUUGGUUCUGAAUGUGAUUUGAAUGAUGUGAUGGAAUUUGAGAGAUCCAUUCCUGUGGUUAAGCUUGAUGUCCGUUAAAGGAAGGGACUAAUGUUCCAAAUAAAACUUUGUCCAUUGUCAGGAUUUAAAAGGGCCAAAUCUGCCUUCAUGUGGCUUAUUAUGUAACCCUGCGACCUUUGAUUUACAGUUGCAAGUCCCUUUUUUGAUUAGGGUCUGGAUGUAUAUACCUGGCUGCUCAGGGGCAUUCCAAUUCCAAUAACACCUAAACUGCAAAGACACAUCAACAUUGUAAAGUCACUGUAGUGAUCUGAAUACUUUUUUUUGUGCUUGAUUAGGGAAUCUUGAGUUAUAUCUGGUUCUUGAUACCUUUUCAAAUAUGCAUUUGCAUGAUUCUUCAGUGUGCAUGUGUAUGGAGGUAAUUUGUGUGUGAAGCAGAAUUUCUGAUUUUUGUUUUGAUUUGAUGCAUCUGAGUGGCUUACUCAGCAACUUGGCAGUACAGUUCUGAUUAGUGUGCAACUGAACGCAUGUAUAGUCCUGAAUGGACAAAUUAAUGUGAAAGCUGUGGCCUUCUGCUUAACUUUGUCUAAGUGAACUCCUUUUGUUGACCAUGAUGUGGAGGUGCCGAUGUUGCAUUAGGUUGGACACCCAAUCACAUGACACCAGGCUAUAAUCCAACAGGUUUAUUUGAAAACACUAACUUUCGGAGCCUCCCUCCUCCUUCAGGUGCUAGCACCUCUACAAUGCAAACAUCAUGUAUACGUCCUGUUUAUUUCUCCCAUUAAACUAGAUCCUCCACUUUUUCUCAGCAUAGAGCUUGUUUCAUUAUUCAUUACCUUUUUUCCAAGCUGGUAACUACCAGUAUAUCUAACAGAGAUUAUGGCUUCAUUUAAUGAGUUUAUAUGACUGUGUCUAUGAUCCCUUCAUUCAUACAGUUUUACGAAUGUAAUUGCAACUGUCUCCUGUUUUUGAGCACACUUAGAAGGUAUUUUCGCCCCAUGGAAUUCAAUCAUUUUUAUUGUUUUUCUUUAUCUAGGACAAUCAGAAGUCCAGGUGCUGAAUCAAGAUGUUAUACAGUACUGCCUAGUACACUGUGUGGUAAAUUGGAAUAGGAAGAAUGUCCAUACUAAAAGUUCUGACUUUUCGUACAUUCUAAUUCUGAUUGCUGGUUUCUAAAGCCUAGCACUUAAGAAGAUUAAAGUGGAUUAGCGUUUAUGACAAAUGUUUAACACCAAGAAUAAUGUAUUUUGAAUCUGCUCAGUUAGUCUUUAAUGGGGGAUUUUAUUGCUGUGCAUUAGAAUAAUGUUAGCUGGCCAACUCUAGUCUCAAAAGGAACUUGCAACUGGAAAUUCACUGAAGGCACAAACUGUCCUUUUCUCAAAUAGGUCAACGUUAACUGCGCUCGAUUUUAUUCAGUGUUUUAAUCUCGUACUAAAAGCUGCUUUUUGUAUGUGUGUGUGAAACAGUUAAAACUGUGCAGUUGCUGUUUAGAUGGAUCCUAUGAAAUGUAAUGCUGUUUAAUGCCAGGUGUUACCAUAUGCCUUAAAUGUUUAAUAAAAUGCAUACCUAAAAUCCAAAA